CUCGCGGAGGAGACGGUGGGGGCCGGUCUCGCGUUUCUCCCGGUGUGGUGUCCGCCGGGCCGGGGCAGCCGGAGCAGUCGCAUUGUCCUCCCUCCUCUUCUCCCUCUCUGCCUCCUCCUCACUGGACCGCCCCGGGAAGUAGGUGCCCUUAUCAUCCCCAUUUGGCAGGAGAUGAAGCAAGAUUCCUCUCGAAAUGCUGCCUACACUGUGGACUGUGAAGAUUAUGUUCACGUGGUGGAAUUUAAUCCCUUUGAGUGUGGUGAUGCAGGAACCUUAAUUGCAUAUGGUGGCAAUAAUUAUGUGGUCGUUGGCACUUGUACAUUUCAGGAGGAGGAGGCAGAAGUAGAUGAGAUUCAGUAUAGAACACUGAGAACAUUUCACCACGGACUCAGGGUUGAUGCCAUAGCUUGGAGCCCAGAGACCAGGCUCGAUACUUUGCCUCCAAUGAUCAGAUUUUGUACUGCAGCUGCGGAUAGGAAGUUGAGACUAUUCACUUCAGAUCUUCAAGAUAAAAAUGAAUACAAGGUUUUACCCGGUCAUUCAGAUUACAUCAAUGAUUUGGUGUUUGCCCCUAAAGAAGGCCAAGAGAUUGCAAGUGUGAGUGAUGAUCAUACAUGCAGGGUCUGGGACUUAGAAGGGAAUCAGAAAGCUCAUUUUGUUCUCCGCUCCCCUGGAAUGAGUGUCUGCUGGCAUCCUGAAGAAGCUUAUAAGUUGAUGGUUGCAGAGAAGGACGGAACAAUCAGGUUCUAUGAUCUCAUCACCCAGCAGGCUAUCCUGUCUCUGGAAUCUGAACAGGCACCAUUAAUGUCAGCGCACUGGUGUUUGAGAAACACCUUCAAAGUUGGAGCUGUAGCAGGAAGUGAUUGGUUAAUCUGGGAUAUUACUCGGUCCAGUUAUCCUCAAGAUAAGAGACCUGUCCACAUGGAUCGAGCCCACUUAUUCAGGUGGUCGACAGUAAAUGAAAACCUAUUUGCAACCACUGGCUACCCUGGCAAAAUGACCACUCAGCUUCUGAUUCACCAUUUGGGGCACCCUCAGCCCAUCCUCAUUGGUUCUGCAGCUGUGGGAUCUGGUCUGUCCUGGCAUCGGACUCUCCCUCUUUGUGCAAUGGGAGGUGACCACAAGCUAUUGUUUUGGGUGACUGAGAUGUAAAAUAAAUAUCUUCCUUGUACACUAAGUUCUCACACCGUAUUUUUAAUAAAUAUUUUGGUCAGAAUCCUUA